GUGAUAGGAAAAAUAAAUAAAUAUUGAGUCCAUCAGGGACCGCGGCUUCCCGUUAUCGCUGCGUUUCAUCCUCCUUGUUCAGCAAUUGUCCGAAACUGGACAUAGCCACAGGGUGAAUAAAAAGUAGGGAGAGCGUCUUUUAGAGAUGAGGAGAACAACGCAAGCCGUUUGAAGGUUUGGGUGACUGCACAUCCAGCGGGGUUUGUCGGGAAGAUUAAUCCUUGAUCUGGAGGAGGAGAGAAGGACGACUGUUCGAGCCGAGCAUCAUCGUUAACAGCCUCUUUCAAUAUAAAGUGGAAAUAACGAGGACAAUCCUUUAGUACUUUAUAUAAAUUGUCUUUUAUAACAUUCAAGCUCACCGUUUUCUCUUUUUAAUAACUAUUUGCGGUUGAAAUAGUCGUUACGCAUCUCCCGCAUCCCCACGAGGGGAAUACACAGCGCAGGCGUUGACCUGAAAUUUAUAUUUUAGUAAACACGGAGUCUAGCUCUGUAUGUUUUAGUAUUGCCUUAGAUAUGUACAUAGCUCAUCAUCCAUGCUAAAGAUUUCAUCUUGAUAACAAUAACAUCAUAUUAAUAUCGCAAAUUUUGGCCGCGAAUCCAUUUUAAAGGGCCUCAUCCUUUUGGACGCUUUGGAGCAAAUCAACGCGUCUCUUUAUACGGGAGUAAGGGCGUUUGAUUCCGCGAGAGAAGAAAGAUGUCGGGUCAGACUUUGACGGACCGCAUCGCCGCGGCGCAGUACAGCCUCACGGGAUCCGAGGUGGCUCGUGCGGUGUGUAAAGCGACCACGCACGAGGUGAUGGCACCUAAAAAGAAACAUCUCGAAUACUUGAUCCAGGCAACCCAGGAGUCCAAUGUUAAUGUUCCCCAGAUGGCUGAUACGCUGUUUGAGAGAGCAGGGAAUGCUAGCUGGAUUGUGGUCUUCAAGGCUUUGGUCACCACUCACCACCUGAUGGUCCAUGGCAAUGAGAGGUUCAUCCAGUACCUGGCCUCCAGGAACACCCUAUUCAAUCUUAGCAAUUUUUUGGACAAAACUGGCUCUCAUGGUUAUGACAUGUCAACGUUUAUAAGACGUUACAGCAGGUAUCUGAACGAGAAGGCGUUUGCAUACAGACAGAUGGCUUUCGACUUUGGCAGAGUGAAGAAAGGUGCUGAUGGUGUGAUGAGAACAAUGUCUCCAGACAAGCUCUUGAAAGGCAUGCCCACUCUGCAGGGUCAGAUCGAUGCUCUGCUGGAGUUUGAAGUUCAUCCAAAAGAUCUUGUAAACGGGGUGAUCAAUGCCACCUUCCUGUUGCUCUUCAAGGAUCUGAUCAAGUUGUAUGCCUGCUACAAUGAUGGCAUCAUUAAUCUUUUAGAGAAAUUUUUCCAGAUGAAGAAAGGACAAUGCAAAGAAGCAUUGGAAAUCUAUAAAAGAUUCUUGACACGAAUGACCAGAGUCUCAGAGUUUCUCAAAAUUGCUGAGCAAGUGGGAAUUGACAAAAACGAUAUUCCUGAACUGACCCAGGCCCCUGAGAGUCUUCUGGAAUCUCUGGAGACACAUCUCAACACACUGGAGGGGAAGAAAGUGUCACCUACUAAGAAAGGAUCUCCAACAAAUAAUGGAACGCCUGCUGGUACCCCUGCCAAAACUGCUGGUACCGCUGAUCCCACUUCUGCAGCAGCCGCAGUAACUGACACCAUUGCAGCAGCACCAGCUACAACCACCAUCAAUAGCGGCUUUAAUGAUCUUGUGGAUUUUGAUCUGUUGGCUCCAACCGCAGGGGCUUCGGCGGCUCCCACAGCAUCAUGGGGAGAUCUGCUUGGUGAGGACUCUCUUGCUACCGCUAACUCUGAAGCGCCCCUCGCUGAGGCUGACUCUGCCGCAGCUUCUGCUACUGAACCAGCUGCCGCUGCCUCGCUGCCAGUGCCGGCCACCGUCUCAGACAUGGAUCUGUUUGGAGAUGCGUUUGCGCCCUCCCCAGGUGAUGGUCCGAGCGAGGGUGUGGCCCCAGCAGCUGCUGCCGAUGCAUGUGCCGGAUCUGACCCCUGGGCCACAUCCGAGGGGAGCUCAAGCAUUGCCCCAGAGCUGGAUCUCUUUGCCAUGAAGCCAGUAGAGAGUAUCGUUGCCCCAGCGUCCCCUACCAGCGACGAGCCGAGCAUCUCACCAACAGCGGCCCCUGCUGUCCCCUCUCCUCCACCCGCUACUGCCACCACCACCGCAUCUGCUACAACUGAGCCUGCGGCUCCGCCAACACUAGACCUGUUUAGUGAUAUGUUUGAUUCUAUGCCUGAGCAAAGCUCCUCCACAGAGCCCAAAGCAACCACUCCUAGCGUAGACCUAUUUGGUGCAGAUCUUCCCGCUGUGUCACGCGGGCCCUCACCUUUGCCUGAGGCCAGUGUGACUGGUGAUCUCUUGUCUGACUCAUUUGUUGCUCCAGCUGUUGCUCCAGUGGCUCCUACACGUGCUGCUCACGCGGCUCCUGUCUCUCCUCCUAAAGCCGAGCCUGGACCUGUGCUGGAUCUCCUUGACACAUUUGGAGACACUACUGGAGACUCCCAGUCCGCUGCUCCCGGAGCACCAUCCUGUGACCUGCUUGGAGGGUUGAUUUCACCGGUCACCCCGACGGUUACACCAACCCCAGCAGUAGUGCCAGUCUCAGCCCCAGCUGACCUGCUGGAGUCGGGUUUUGAUGCCUUCGGCAGUUCGCCGGUGUCCUCCACACCAGCAGUGGCAGACAGCGGCCUCGCCACCGCAGCAGGAUCUGGUGGCUUCGAUACGUCAGUGUUUGGCGGAUUAGGAGACCUUCUGAUGCCAGCCAUAACCCCUCAGAGCACAGGCGGGACCCCCAUGGCUGCAACGAGCAUACCGUUGACACCUGGAAUUGUGCCCACCGCUGGGCCGGCAAUGGCUCCGGCCAUGGCGCCCGCAAUGGUACCGACAAUGGCACCCGUAGCAGCUGCCCAACCAAUUAAACCUAUUGGAGGAGACUUGGACACUUCACUCGCCAAUCUGGUCGGAAACUUGGGAGUGGGAAUCCAAAAGAAGGACAACCAGUGGAGUGAGAAGAAACUGACAGGAGGAGCAAACUGGACCCCUCAGGUCGCCCCAAGUAGCUGGGGCACACCUGGCGCUCAGAUGUCUGGCUCUGCCCCUGGAGCCACAGGAGCUGCCGCCCCACCUGGAGCAAUGGCACCACCCAUGGGAGCACAGCCUGGCUUUGGCAUGCCCCCAGCAGCUGGAGCUCCCAUGAUGCCCCAGUCUGUGAUGAUGGGUCAGCCCAUGAUGAGACCACCAUUUACAGGGCCAGCAGCAACAGGAACACCCGGAGCACCAUUGUCUCCAGGACCAGCUGCUCAGAGCCCAAAAAAACCUCCCACCAAGGACCCACUUGCAGAUCUCAACAUCAAGGACUUCUUAUAAUUUUCCAGUAAAUGUUUUCUCAAAGACUGAGCUCCAGUGAGAGAGGUCUGCUGUCUGUUUACACCUCCAGAUGCCAGAGGAGCCUGCAGCUAGAUAUCCACUGACCCCGCCCCCGCCCAAACCCCGCCCACUCGGCCCCACCCAGCAUUCCUGUGUCAUGUUGUAGCACAAACUGUGAAGUAACUUGUAGAGAAAAGAGAAAAAUUAAGAUGUGCUUAUCUCAACGUUAUCUUUGUUUUGAACGAAACAGAAAAAAAUAUCUUUAAAAAAAAAAUGCACACAAAUGAAAAUUAAAGAUUAAAAAAGAUUCUUAUGUAUGUCAACUUUUUCCAGUGUUUAAGUCUGAAUGAUGUGUGUGUGUUGAUCCCCUCAACUUUAAUUCUGGUUCCUCUGGGACUUCCCUUUUGGGGUCAGAGGUCCUAAACAGGUUGUUCAAGUGCUUUCUGUUGUCUGUUAGUUUUGGAGCAGUGUGCAAUGUAUCAUUUGCAGACGGUACUGUGUAUAUUAUCCUCAUUGAUGAAAAGGUCUCUCCUCUGCUCAAAUUUUUAUCUGUGGACAACUUAUUGAUGUGUACCUGGUAAUCGGAUUAAAAGAAAUGCUAUUGUCAUCUCCCAUCAUCGACUGACAUGUUUGUUUACAAAAUAUAAAUAUAUGAAAUAUAAAUAUACAUGAGUUAUGUAUAAAUUAAUAGCAUAUCUGGGCUCCUCUAUAACCUCUUGGUGAUUACAUGUCAUUUUUGUAUUUUAACUCAUAUUAUUUUUCAUAUAUAUAUUUUUUGAUUCUUUAGUUUGAAUUGUUUUAAUUUAAUAGUCAAUGCGUUGUCAGUUCACUGUUUACAUACUCUUUAUGGAUAUCGCAAGAACCCUGAGGUUAAUCUUUACGGAUAACCUCAGCAAAUUUGGAUUUUAAUUCCACUUAAUCUCAGUGCUACAAAUCUCAGAUGAUCUCUGAGAGAGGCCUUUUGCAGUAUCUUAAAAUAACAAAUAUGUACAGCAACUUGUUCAACUGGUGAUGUUUCCCAAAAAACAAAACAAAAAAAAAGCCCCCAAGAUUUCACAGUUGUAGUCAGUGGAAUGCUGUGUUUGAGUCUCAUAGUUACUUGUGCUUGUAUGAAAUCCAAACUGAAGCUGGUACAUGUAGUGUUAUUUUGUAUAAUUGUAUAAGAACCCGUUCACAUGUUUGGUUCUCAGUCUUACCCUCUCAUACAACAUUAUGAACCCUGACCUUUGUUUGUUAUACGUUAUCCGGUUGAUUCAUGCUCCCUCUGUUGGUGAGUGGUGAUACUGUAGUUUGCACAACAAAAUGGACUGUGGAGGAGAUCUCUUAUAAGAGAAUAACAUGGAUAAUAGGGUGUAGGUUCAUUAGCAAUGAUAGACUCUUAGAUCUUUGUCAAAGUUUUCAGGAGGUCACUGUUAAACAGUGUUACAGAAAGGUUUGACUGACAGCCCUGUAUCACUUUCCCUGUUAGAUCUCUCAUGGAAAUGACAAAGACAGAUUUUUGGAUCUCUCCUUUGCAAUUCUCUGUUCCCUUGAAAUAAAUUUUAUUUUGAUUUAUUGAUUCAUAUUUGACACCCCCUACAUAGUGCAUGUAAGCCCUUUGAGAUGCAAUAAACUGAUGGGAAGAAUUGCC